UCAAUCCAUCAGCCAACCGCGCAACAGAAUUACAAAGAUCCACUCUGGAACCUCUGGAAAGACUUUAGAAUAUUACAGAAACAGCCAAUAAAGGACAAAACAAUAACAUGGCGGUAUCUAUAGCCAGCUCAGACAGUGGCAACUCGAGCGACUCUGGCGCCAGCAGCAUUCACAGCGAGCGCAAAGAAGUCAACCAAAACGGAUCAAGAAAGAGACGCAGACUAUCACCCACUGGAUCAGGAUCAGAAGACUCGGAUUCAGAGGUAGAGCAACAAAAAGCUCCCAUCAAAACUACAACCCGCAUUCAACCCACCACUCAAACGGUCUCCCGUAUCAAGGCCAAACAAACCGGAUCAACCGCCGCAUCUAAAUCAACCACAGCAGAGGUCCCCGCCAGUAUCGCAGCAGCCCAAGCAGGAAGCACAAAAUCUAAUUUCUCGGACUUGAAUGUAUCUCCCUGGCUAGUCGCCUCCCUGGCAAACAUGGCCAUCAAACAACCCACCAAAAUUCAAUCCGCCGCCAUCCCUGAGAUCUUAUCUGGGCGCGACUGCAUCGGUGGAAGUAGAACCGGUUCAGGAAAAACUGUCGCUUUCGCCGUGCCCAUCUUGCAACAAUGGGCUAAAGACCCUUUUGGCAUCUUUGGUCUGGUGCUUACACCGACUAGAGAGCUCGCUUUGCAGAUUUUCGAACAAUUCAAGGCAAUUGGAGCGGUGCAGAAUUUGAAAGUUUGUUUGGUGACGGGAGGAUCUGAUAUGAGGGCUCAGGCUAUUGCGUUGGCUGCUCGGCCGCAUAUUGUGAUCGCUACACCUGGAAGACUUGCCGAUCACAUCAACAGCAGUGGAGAAGAAAGUAUUGCUGGAUUGAGAAGGGUCAAAUUUGUGGUGUUGGAUGAGGCUGAUAGAUUGUUGGCUGCUGGUAAGGGAAGCAUGUUGCCUGACUUGGGCGUUUGCAUGGAGGUACUGCCUGAGUCGUCGAAGAGACAGACUUGUCUUUUCACUGCGACUGUUACGGCGGAGGUUAGGGCGUUGCAGGAUAAACCCAGGACAGCUGGUAAACCACCUGUUGCUGUUUGUGAGGUCGAUCUCGACACCCUCGCCGUCCCAGACACAUUGCACCAAACAUACUGUCUCGUAAACGUCGUCCACAAAGAAAAGUACCUCCACGUCCUCCUCCUAACCGAGCAAAACGUCAAAAAAUCCACAAUCAUCUUCGUCAACCGCACCUCGACCGCAAACCUCCUCGAACACUUACUCCGCUCCCUCGCCCACCGCGUGACUUCUCUGCAUUCCGGCCUCCCCCAACACGAACGCACCAACAACCUCGCCCGCUUCCGCGCUGGCGCCGCUCGCAUCCUCGUCUGCACAGAUGUCGCCGCCCGCGGUCUGGAUAUCCCCGAAGUGGGUGUGGUGGUGAAUUACGACUUACCCCGCGAUCCGGACGAUUACGUGCACAGGGUGGGUAGAACGGCUAGAGCUGGAAGAAAAGGUGUUGCUAUUUCGUUGGUUGGGCAGAGGGAUGUGGGGUUGGUGCAGGCGAUUGAGGAGAGGGUGAAGGCGCAGAUGGAAGAGUAUGUGGAGGAAGGCGUUAAUGUGGAGAGUAGGGUUGUUAGGGAUGCGUUGAAUGUUGUUGGUGAUAAGAAGAGGGAAGCGCUUUUGGCUAUUGAGGAAGGAAGAGAUGUCAAGGGUAAGAGGAGGAAGGGGAUGGGUGGAAAGGCCACUUAGAGAAAGUCCGCAUGCAUGGGAGAGCGAUGGAAG